AAUAAAUUCCAAAGGAGUAAAUUCCAACCCCGUCCUGAAUUUGCAUCGUCCUCCUCGUCCUCCUGCCAGCUGCUCCAGGACCCCUACUGAGUGUCAAGACCCCAUAGCAGCAGAGAGAACUGGGAGAGUAACCUCCAGUCGACUCUGAACUCUCUCUCUCUCUGUGUCAAUGGCUCGCUGCACUUUCAAAUCGGACGAUAUCAUAAUAAAGUCGCCGAAUGACAGACGAUUAUACAGAUUAAUCAAGCUCGAGAAUAGCCUCUCGGCAUUGCUCGUUCAUGAUCCUGAGAUUUACCCAGAAGGGCCGCCUGAUCACUCCAAAUCCGUCGAACACAGUGAGGCUGAAGAGGAAGAAGAGGACGAAGAUAUGGACGACGAGGACGGAGAUGAGGGGGAAGACAGUGAAGGAGAUGAGGAUGAAGAGGACGAUGACGAAGAAGGCGGAGAUGGUGAACUGAAGAAGAAGGGGAAGGGUGGAGACUCUCAGACUAAGAAGGCAGCAGCAGCAAUGUGUGUGGGAAUAGGCAGCUUCUCCGACCCUUUUGAGGCACAAGGGCUUGCACACUUUCUAGAACACAUGCUCUUCAUGGGGAGUACAGAGUUUCCAGAUGAAAAUGAGUAUGAUAGUUACUUGUCCAAGCAUGGAGGUUCAUCAAAUGCAUACACAGAAGCAGAGCAUACCUGCUACCAUUUUGAAGUGAAGCCAGAGUUUCUUAAGGGUGCCUUGAGAAGAUUUUCUCAGUUCUUUGUUUCACCUCUAGUGAAAAUUGAAGCGAUGGAGCGAGAGGUACAGGCUAUAGAUUCAGAAUUUAACCAGGUUCUGCAGAAUGAUUCUUGCCGCCUUGAACAAAUUCAGUGUCAUACAGCCGCACCCGGUCACCCAUUUAAUAGAUUCUGUUGGGGAAAUAAGAAGAGCUUGGUUGAUGCAAUGGAAAAAGGGAUCAACUUGCGAGAACAAAUACUAAAGUUGUACAAGGAUUAUUACCAUGGUGGACUGAUGAAGCUAGUUGUCAUUGGUGGAGAAUCUCUUGAUGUACUUGAGGAUUGGGUUGUGGAAUUGUAUGGUAAUGUCAAGAAAGGCCCCCAAGUAAAAUUGGAGUUUAAGGCAGAAGGUCCUAUCUGGAAAGUUGGCAAACUAUACAGGCUAGAGGCUGUUAGAGAUGUUAACAUACUCAACCUUACAUGGACAUUUCCAUGUCUUCAUCAAGACUAUUUGAAGAAACCAGAAGAUUAUUUAGCUCAUCUACUUGGACAUGAGGGCCGGGGAAGUUUGCAUUUUUACCUCAAAACCAGAGGGUGGGCAACAUCUUUGUCUGCUGGUGUUGGGGACGAGGGGAUGCACCGAUCUUCUGUGGCUUAUGUCUUCCGCAUGUCCAUACACCUCACUGACUCUGGAUUGGAAAAGAUUUCCGAAAUAAUUUGCUAUGUCUACCAAUACAUUAAGUUACUGCAUCAAGUGUCUCCACAAGAAUGGAUAUUUAGGGAACUUCAGGAUAUUGGGAAUAUGGAUUUUAGAUUUGCAGAGGAGCAGCCCCAAGAUGAUUAUGCUGCAGAACUUGCAGAAAAUUUGCUACUGUAUCCAGCAGAGAACGUUAUUUAUGGGGACUAUGUAUACAAAAUUUGGGACGCGGAAUUGAUAAAGUAUGUUCUUGGUUUCUUCACACCAGAAAACAUGAGGGUUGAUGUGGUAUCAAAGUCCUCAAUUAAGUCGAAAGAUUUCCAUUGCGAGCCUUGGUUUGGGUCGCAUUAUACUGAGGAAGAUAUAUCUCCAUCUUUGAUGGAUAUGUGGAAGAAUCCCCCAGAAAUUGAUGACUCAUUGUAUCUCCCUUCAAAGAAUGAGUUCAUUCCUAGUGAUUUUUCCAUCCGCUCUGAUAACUUGUGCCCUGAUCCUGCAAAUAUAUCUUAUCCAAGCUGUGUAAUUGAUGAACCAUUAAUAAAGUUCUGGUACAAGCUCGAUGAUUCAUUUAAACUUCCGCGGGCAAAUACAUACUUCCGCAUCAAUCUGAAGGGUGGAUAUGCUAAUCUGAAAAGUUGUGUUUUGACUGAAUUAUAUAUUCUCCUUCUUAAGGAUGAGCUGAAUGAGAUUGUGUACCAGGCCAUUGUUGCCAAGCUGGAAACUUCUGUCUCUGUGUUCAGUGACAAACUGGAGCUGAAGGUCUAUGGAUUUAACGAUAAACUUCCAGCUCUCUUGUCAAAAGUGUUGGCAACUGCCAAAAGUUUCAUGCCAACAGAUGAUCGUUUUAAGGUCGUUAAAGAAGAUAUGAAGCGAAGGUUAAAGAACACCAAUAUGAAACCUCUGAGUCACUCAUCAUACUUAAGACUGCAAGUUCUGUGUCAAAUUUUUUAUGAUGCAGAUGAGAAGUUGCAUGUUUUGGAUGAAUUGUCUGUUUCUGAUUUGAAGUCGUUCAUUCCUGCGCUUUGUUCCCAGCUAUACAUUGAGGGCCUUUGCCAUGGAAAUUUGUUAGAAGAUGAAGCAAUUACCCUGUCAAAUAUAUUCAAAUUGAAUUUUUCUGUACCACCACUGCCUAUUGAAUUGAGGCAUAAAGAGCAUGUUAUUUGUCUUCCUCCUGGUGCUAACCUGAUUAGGGAUUCCAAUGUGAAGAAUAAGUCAGAAACGAACUCUGUGAUUGAGCUGUAUUUUCAAGUUGAGCAAGAAGCAGGGAUUGAGUCAAUCCGAUUGAAAACAUUGAUAGAUCUUUUUGAUGAAAUUGUGGAGGAACCACUUUUCAAUCAACUAAGGACGAAGGAGCAGCUUGGAUAUGUUGUUGAGUGUGGCCCCCGGGUAACAUACCGUGUAUAUGGCUUUUGUUUCUGUGUCCAGUCGUCUGAGUACGACCCAAUCUACUUACAAGGGAGAGUUGAUAACUUUAUAAACGGGCUGGAAGAAAUGUUGGACGGGAUUGAUGAUGAUUCGUUUGAGAAUUAUAAAAGUGGACUACUUGCUAAGCUAUUGGAGAAAGAUCCAUCCCUCACGUACGAAACCAACAGAUUUUGGAAUCAGAUUAUCGAGCAAAGGUAUAUGUUCGACCAGUCAAAAAGAGAAGCAGAAGAACUCGGCAGUAUUCAGAAGAAGGACGUUAUUGACUGGUACAAAACGUAUUUGCAGCAAUCAUCUCCCAAGUGUCGUAGACUAGCGAUUCGUGUUUGGGGUUGCAACACUGACCCGAGAGAGGCGGAACCACAACCGAAGUCUAUCCAAGCCAUCGAAGACCCUGCAACGUUCAAGAAGUCAUCAAAGUUCUAUCCUAGCCUUUGUUGAAAAUGUGAACAAGCUUUGAUUACUUGAUUAAAAGUUGAACUAUAUUGGAAACACUGAAGGCCUCAGUUUUGACUAGUUGUAGAUGGAUCGACCAUCGAUAUGACCACCUCGAAGAGCAAAAGUUCAAGUCAGAUACAUAUACCAGUAUAUUGGGAUUCUAGAUGCAUUCAUUUGAAUGAAGUGAAAUUUGGGAUGACAAUUAUUUCU